AUGUCGUCGAUUGCAAGGGCUAUGCGCCCUGUCAUGAGGGGAAGCCGCGGUGUCUCUGCUCUCGCCAGAGCGAGGACAUGCACACCGGGCAGAGCAUUCUCGCCACUCCAGCAGACCGUCAGACCUCUCUCUACCACCCAGCGCCGCCGCAAUGCCGACCAUCUCGACAUCACCGACAUCCCUCCUACGCCCAUCAGCCAUCUCUCCGAAGUGGAGGCUGCCAUGCAGGAGACUGUGAGCAAGUUCGCCAACGACGUGAUCGCGCCCAAGGUGCGCGCGAUGGAUGAGGCGGAGAACAUGGACCCGACCAUUGUGGAGCAGCUCUUCGAGCAGGGUCUCAUGGGCGUCGAGAUCCCCGAGGAGUACGGCGGCGCCGGCAUGAACUUCACGAGCGCCAUCAUCGGCAUCGAGGAGCUCGCGCGCGUGGACCCCAGCGUCAGCGUGCUCGUAGAUGUCCACAACACCCUCGUCAACACCGCCAUCAUCAGAUGGGGCAGCUCCCAGCUCAAGAAGCGCUUCCUGCCCAAGCUCGCCACCAACACCGUCGGCAGCUUCUGUCUGAGCGAGCCCGCCAGCGGCUCCGACGCCUUCGCGCUGACGACCAAGGCGACCAGGACGGAGAGCGGCUACAAGAUCAGCGGCUCCAAGAUGUGGAUCACAAACUCCCAGGAGGCCGGCUUCUUCAUUGUCUUUGCGAACCUGGACCCCUCCAAGGGGUACAAGGGCAUCAGCGCCUUCAUCGUCGAGAAGGAUGCCAAGGGCUUCUCCAUUGCCAAGAAGGAGAAGAAGCUCGGCAUCAAGGCCAGCAGCACGUGCGUCCUCAACUUUGACGACGUCGAGAUCCCCAAGGAGAACCUCCUCGGCGAGGAGGGCUCCGGUUACAAGUAUGCCAUCGGUAUCCUGAACGAGGGCCGCAUCGGCAUCGCUGCCCAGAUGACCGGUCUUGCCCUCGGCUCCUGGGAGAACGCCGUCAGGUACGUCUGGAACGACCGCAAGCAGUUCGGCCAGCUCGUCGGCGAAUUCCAGGGCAUGCAGCACCAGAUCGCGCAGUCGUACACCGAGAUCGCGGCCGCGCGGGCUCUCGUCUACAACGCGGCGCGCAAGAAGGAAGCCGGGGAGAACUUCGUCAUGGACGCCGCCAUGGCCAAGCUGUACGCCAGCCAGGUCGCCGGCCGCGUCAGCGGCCUCGCCAUCGAGUGGAUGGGCGGCAUGGGCUUCGUCCGCGACGGCCCCGCCGAGAAGUUUUGGCGCGACAGCAAGAUCGGCGCCAUCUACGAGGGCACCAGCAACAUCCAGCUCAACACCAUUGCCAAGUUGCUGCAGAAGGAGUACACCGCAUGA